ACACGAGGGCAGCGAAGCAACCCCGAAGAAGCCGUAGAAGAAGAAGAAGAAAGCGGGGAAGAGGCGGAACAACGUGAAGCUGCAUCACUUGAACUAAGAUGGCGGACGCAGAGGUGUCGAAGAAGAAGAAGAAGGCAAAGAAAGUUAAUGAUAAUGAUGUUGGGGAAAUUCAGCAGAGCGGCGACUUCUUCAUCCAACCAGAAACCAAGGUCCCUUCCUUGGACACGUCUCAAUGGCCGCUCCUCCUGAAAAACUUUGACAAACUGAAUGUCCGCACGUCGCAUUACACGCCAAUUCCCAGUGGGAGUAACCCCCUCAAGAGGACCAUCCAGGAUUACAUCAGGUCAGGCUUCAUCAACCUGGACAAGCCCGCCAAUCCGUCCUCCCACGAGGUGGUGGCAUGGAUCCGCAGGAUCUUGCGCGUGGAGAAGACCGGUCACAGCGGCACGCUCGACCCCAAGGUCACCGGCUGUCUGAUCGUGUGCGUGGACCGAGCCACGCGAUUGGUCAAAUCCCAGCAGAGCGCAGGGAAGGAGUACGUGGGAAUCGUUAGGCUGCACAACGCCGUCGAGAGCGAGCACACGGUGGCGAGGGCCAUGGAGACGCUGACAGGCGCCCUGUUCCAGCGACCGCCGCUAAUAGCCGCCGUCAAACGCCAGCUGAGAGUUCGUACCAUAUAUGAAAGCAAACUAUUGGAGUACGACCCAGAGAGGAGGCUGGGUAUCUUCUGGGUCAGCUGCGAGGCAGGAACCUACAUCAGGACUCUGUGUGUCCACCUGGGUCUUCUACUUGGGGUCGGCGGUCAGAUGCAGGAGCUCAGGAGAGUCCGUUCUGGAGUUCUGGGCGAGAAGGACAACCUGGUGACCAUGCACGACGUGUUGGACGCCCAGUGGCAGUUUGACCACAACAAAGACGAGUCGUACCUCCGGCGGGUCGUCUUUCCUCUGGAGAAGCUGCUCAUCUCACACAAGCGCUUGGUGAUGAAGGACAGCGCCGUCAACGCCAUCUGCUACGGCGCCAAGAUUAUGUUACCAGGCCUCCUCCGCUACGAGGAUGGCAUCGAAGUCAACCAGGACAUUGUUGUCAUAACGACGAAGGGCGAAGCCAUCUGUACAGCCGUCGCUCUCAUGACGACCGCCGUCAUUUCAACGUGUGAUCACGGCGUGGUCGCCAAGAUCAAGAGGGUCAUCAUGGAGCGAGACACCUACCCCCGGAAAUGGGGUCUGGGUCCAAAGGCGAGUCAGAAAAAGAUGAUGAUCAAGAAGGGACUCCUCGACAAACACGGCAAACCAAACGGCAGCACUCCAGAUGCCUGGAAGAGUGACUACGUGGACUACAGCGUCUCCAAGGAGGCCUCAUCGUGUGCCACACCCGCCGCCAAGAGGAAGCUACAGGAGGUGGACAGUGAAACCGAAGCCGCACCUUCACCUGCCGAGCAUACGCCCAAAGAGAAGAAGAAGAAAAAACGGAUAAAAGUGGAGGAGGAGCAGUCCGAGGAUGCCGGGGCAGAGCCCGACGUGGAGCCUGAAAGUGCCAAGAAGAAGAAAAAGAAGAAAAAAGUCAAAGAGGAAGCGUCUGAGUGACACCUGUCACAAGCCCCGUCCACAACACGCAAAGUAUGGUGGAAUGAGAAGACUGCACAACAGACAUGUUUCUUUUUUUUAUAUAUAUAUAUAUCCUUGUUUAAUUUGUAAAUAUGCCUUCAAUAAAAGUGCUGCUUUUUCA